AUGGAAAUUCCCAAGCAUGCACAUGCCAAUAGGUCUUAUGAAGAUUUUGAUCCUUUGUUUAUGUGGCGCAGAGAAGAGGGUCGUGACACCCUUGAACUUCAUCUUCCAGGUUUUAAGAAAGACCAAAUACGAAUUCAUAUAAACCAUGUUGGUUUACUGGUGAUAAGUGGGGAGCGUCCUUUGGAAGGAAACAGAUGGAAACGGUUCAAGAAGGAGUUCGAAAUCCCAUCAUAUUGCAACGACGAUGCAAUUCAUGGCAACAUGAUGGAGAGCAUUCUUUCGGUGGUGAUGCCAAAGAAAAGCCCUGUGAUUCUUCAAGAGGAGCAAGAAAUGAAGCAAGAGAAAAGGGCUGACAGAAAAGGAGAGAGUGAAAUAUCAGAAGAAGAUCACAUUGCAGGUCAUGCAGCAGAGUACAAGUUUGAAGAACAUGAUGUGAGGUUACCAGUGGAAACGACCAGAGAUGUUGCCCUCAAAUUCAUGCUGGUUAUGCUUCUCAUAUUGGUUGUAGCAAGUUACAUAUCAGACGUAAGCAAAAGCCUCAUGGCUCAAGCUGCUUCGUAUUUUCACAACUAG